AUGGGGCUCUCGGUGGAAUCAAGGUGCCUUGCGUAUCAUGGCCCAUUGCUCUACGAAGCCAAGGUGCUCAAAGUGCACGAAAAGAACAAAGACACAGUCAAGGUGAAAGACGGCACCGAGGCUGUUGAUCCAGAGACGUUCCCCCUCGAAUUCAAGGACAGACAUUUGUAUUUUAUACACUACCGCGGGUGGAAGUCGUCGUGGGAUGAAUGGGUUCAGGAUGAUCGCGUUCUGGCCUAUGACGAGGAAAAUCUCAAGAAACAGAAGGAGCUGAAGGCAGCGUUGGCCAAGGCCAACCAGCCGCCGCCGAAGGAGAAGAAGGAGAAAGAGAAAAAAGAGCCCGUGACCAGGCGUACAAAGAAGCCAAAAGAAGAGGCCAGUUUGGAGUCUGAGGAUGAAUUUUUGAGGAGGCCAGAGAUUGCGAUGACGAUACCCGAUAACCUCAAGUCGUUGUUGGUGGACGACUGGGAGCUGGUCACAAAGGAGAAGCAAUUGGUGAGACUUCCGGCCAAGACAAGCGUCAAGCAGAUCUUGGAUGAAUACGGCGAGAUAGCUUUGAAAGGAAAAGCCGUUCAUUCGGCAGACUACGAUAAUACCGUCGAAAUAGUCAAGGGGCUGAAUCUGUACUUUGAUAGGUGUCUUGGGUCAAUUUUGCUAUACCAACUGGAAAGACGUCAGUUGUUGGAUGUUCAGACGUAUCCAGUGAAUGCCGGAAAGACCCCAAGUGAAAUAUAUGGUGUAGAGCAUCUUUUGAGACUAUUGGUGACUCUCCCUGGUCUUAUAGCACAAACCUCUAUGGAUCAACAGUCCAUCAGUCUCAUGCGCGAAUUUGUGGAGAAACUACUUAGAUGGCUUGAUGAGAAGGCAAAAUCAAAUGAGUUGUUUGUGAAGGACUACGAGAAUGUCAGCCCAGCGUACGAGGCGUUGUCUAGGAGCUGA